GGCCGGGGAGGGCACGGCAGGGCAGGGCGCUGUCACCCCCGUUAGGGCUGUGCCAGGCCCGGGUAGGGACCGGGGACGGGCCCUGGGCAGAGCCCGGCCCGGGAGCCGGAGAGGUGGAGCGCUAUGGUGCCGUUUGGUGGGAGAACAGCGGGAGCAGUGCCAGCCUUCACGGGAGGGGGGGAAACGGGGACGGGAAUGGGAACACGGCCGCCCUGCUGACAAGGCGUUGGUAAGUGUGCGGCUUUGAACGUGCUUUCCAGGAGAAAACAAGAUAAGUGAAACUGAAGUUGGUCAGCUCCUCCUAAAAGAAUCAGAGCAAUGUCCUACGUUUUUGUGAACGACUCCUCCCAGACAAAUGUGCCGCUGCUGCAGGCUUGUAUUGAUGGAGAUUUUAACUAUUCCAAACGACUGUUAGAGAGUGGCUUUGACCCAAAUAUUCGUGACAGCCGAGGCCGAACUGGCCUUCACCUGGCUGCAGCCAGAGGAAAUGUAGACAUCUGUCAACUCUUGCAUAAAUUUGGUGCUGACCUACUAGCCACUGAUUACCAGGGUAACACAGCCCUUCACCUGUGUGGGCAUGUCGAUACCAUCCAGUUCCUAGUUUCUAAUGGACUUAAAAUUGAUAUUUGCAACCACCAAGGUGCAACACCACUUGUUCUUGCCAAACGAAGGGGUGUGAAUAAAGAUGUGAUUAGACUGCUGGAAUCUUUAGAGGAGCAAGAGGUGAAAGGAUUUAACAGAGGAGCUCACUCAAAGCUGGAGACAAUGCAAACAGCUGAAAGCGAAAGUGCAAUGGAAAGCCAUUCCCUUCUUAAUCCAAACCUACAGCAAGGUGAAGGAGUUCUUUCCAGUUUCCGCACAACAUGGCAAGAGUUUGUGGAAGACCUGGGCUUCUGGAGGGUGCUGCUCCUCAUCAUUGUCAUUGCUCUUCUGUCCCUUGGAAUAGCAUAUUAUGUUAGCGGGGUGCUUCCUUUUGUAGAAAACCAGCCUGAACUGGUGCACUGAAGCAAAUGCAAAGAAGUACAGUGUCCUUUUCCCUGUUCUAAUCUAAUCUUAUUUUGAGCUUCUUGGAAUUAUUCUCUUGGUGCAGACAGUGGCAGCUGUAUAUACUGUUUGCCUUUUGUACUUGCUAUUAACUCCUAUGAAAGAGGGAUUAAUUAAUUUCAAGUAAAACACUAAAUUCUAAAGCAUUCCUAAGCUACCUCUGUCUUAUGUUGACUUGCAAGCAAGAUGUGAAGAUAGUCCUCUCUGAUAAAAUAUUGUGAUUAGAAAAGGCCUUUCAUUAUGAAUACUAAAUUCCUGCAUAUGAAAAAUAUAUUCUAGUACAGAACCAAAUUUGGUUUAUUUUUCCUAUGAAGAGAGGUAAAUAUAUUGUUGGAUUUUUUUUGUAUGUGCUUCAGUUGAAAGAAAAAUACUCUUAAAAGUCCUCCUCAAGAAAUCUAAAUAAUGUAAUAACACAUUCUGAUAUAUAGACAGUGAUAAGCUGUGACUCCAUAGUUAUUUUAAUGCCUCUCCACAGUUUCUUAUCUGCUAGUUUAUAAAAAGAAUGAGAAAUAGUUCAAGUUUUACUAUGUCUCUGAUGUAUAGAUCACUCCUUUAUUUAUUAGGUUAUUAGAUAUAGUGUGUCUUCCCAGAUGAAUUUAAUGUUGUUAAUACCUGCCUGAAGUAAAUAUUGUAUAAUAAAACUGUCGUGCUUUGGAAGAAGCCUUGGGCUAAAAAUUUUGCAUUUUUGUUGAAAUGUUGCUAAGCAAACCUUUCUUUGUAAGGGUAAUUAAAGAGUGAUUUAGGUGUUCUGUCAUGUAUGUAAUAGUUCUGUAAGGUCAUUGUGAAAAAUGUCAUGAAGGGUAACUUUUUCUUCAUCCCAUAAGGAUCGGACUGAACCAUAUAACUGUGUUUUCAUGUUUGUGGAGAGAACUCGAUUGAAUAGAAUUCCUUUUUAGAAUUGUUUUCCAUUUCAGUUGCUUUCAGACAGAACCUACACGCUUGUGAAUUAUUUUCUGAGUAUGCAGAAUACAAGUGUUUAAAAUACUAAUAUUUAGGAGCAUUGUAUGAAAUUAAAUCUUGAUCCAUUCUGUACUUUGAAACCCUUUGUUGUAAAUAAUCUAGGGAUAAAAAUCCAUUAGAUAUUCCUUUAUGAAAGCUAGAAAGGUAUUGAAUAGUAAGUUGGAGGUUUUCAAAGAAAGUGGAUUCUCUCACCCCAUGCCCAUUAGACAUCUAAUUCUCUUUGUUGCCAUUGCCUUGAAAAUCCCAAACAAAAUGAAUUCUGCGAGCAUAAGGAAUCAAUUUUUAUUUUUUUAAUUAGCCACUCCUCAGUUGUUGCUAAAUAACAUGAAACAUUUAUUGUACAUUUAAAUGUAACCUACAUUAUUCUGUUCUGGUACCAUGUAUAUUUUUCUUUCUUGUUUAUUGAUUUGAAUGAAGGGGGUUGUUGUCUUUGUUUUGAUGUGUUACAUGGGUUUUGCUGGAGCUGGACCCCAUUCUAAAUUGCAUCUGAAUAAAUCUUGAUCUCAAUUCUUAAGUUAGAGCUUAAUAACACAAUACAUUUUUAGCAGCACAAUGCUGCAGAAAAGAAAGCAUCUUAAAAAAAACCCAAAUGAGAGCAUAUUCCUCUUCUGAGUAUUUCAGUUAUGGUACCGUUGUUCAUGAACAGAUAAAUAUAAACUCAUCAUAUACCUAAAUUACAUUUACUUUUCUAAAUAAGUACAUUUCUGUUAAUAAUACCAUGCAUCUUGAUUAAUGACAUUGUCUUUCAGUAUGUAUUAUCUGCAUAAUUUGUAAUUGUAUUCUCAGUAUGGGUGAAUGCCACAAAUAAAUACAUAUAGUCAAUA